AAAACUUGAAGUUCUCAGAUAUGAACGCCGUGAAAGCUUACUUCAACAGGAAUUGGACAAGAGAAGACCUGAUGAAUACUGGAGAAGUUUCCGAGUACGCUUACACAAGCUUGACGACGGUUUAUCUUAAUCUCUUCUGUGCCAUGUUGAGCUUUACUUUUGGAUCCUUCUUGCACUUGAUCAUCUGGGAAGUGGGAGGGCUGUUCACAGUCCUUUCUUCUGUAGCAAGUUUACUCUGGCUUUACUUUGCAUCACCAUUGAGAGUGAGGCUGAGGCUCUCACUAUUGAUGUAUGCAGCCUGUACCUUGGGUGCUUCUUUUGGCCUUUUUACCAAAUAUCUCUUCGAAAUUUAUCCACCCCUUAUUGUCAACCUUUUGGAAGCUUCAACAUUUAGCAUUGGGAUUAUCUGGUAUGGAUCCACGUAUACGAGGGAAAGGAGAGCAAUCUACAUGACUUGCCUGAAUUUUUCUUUUGCUCUAAUGUGCUCCAGCAUUUUUGUUUAUGGUAUAGAUAUGCUUGACAUCCACACAGUUUAUUGGGUGUUUAAGGUAAGCAGUUGGAUCCUAUUAUAACACAGUUCCC